AUGUAUCCGUUCAAAUACAACCACUCCACCGCACGUCAUCAGACGUCGAGUUGGACGGUGACGAGCCACAAGUCUUGCAAGUUGUGGCAGCGCCACCCGUACGCAGUGGUGGAGGCGAAGACGAGACCCUCUGCUCAAGCGACUGUGUCAAGUAAACAAGAGCGAGAAAGCUCGCAAAAAGCGCAUCACGUACUCGGUGAAAGCAGACUGCAUGCUCAUGAACGAGGUGGUUGCGCCUCGAAGCCGGAGCGGUGGGUCGAAAGUACGGAGCGUCUGGGCUCAGCGCUGAGCAAGGAGCUGUCUGCUGGCGGUACUAUACCUAUGUAUACCGAAGGCCAAGAACCACAUAAGUCUGUCGACGAAAACGAGCUGGAGCGCUUGGUGGAGGUUUACGUUCAGAAGAAGGACGAUGGACCCUUGGUACAAAGCAAGCGCACCGAAUCCAAGCCCAAAAAGGUUGCCAUGACAGGUCCUGGUGAUGCAUGA